AUGAUCUACUUUGAGUUGGGCAUGACGGAGGAUGGAAAGCCACAGGUGCUGAACGCGCAGCCUCCGGGAGCGGUGCCGGUUGCAGUUGCCGCCAUCCCGAUGGCUUCCGAGGACGGUGCCCCAACCUCCGAUGCCGCGUCUGCACAGGACGGAGCAGCGACACCAGCGACGGAUGCUGUGGAGGCUGUGGCGGUAGCGGCGGCACCGAUGCCAGGUGGCGGACCGCCAGAUGCCGCACCGGUGCCGGCACCGCAAGAUGCCGCACCGGUGCCAGCACCGCAAGAUGCCACACCAGCACCAAAUGCCGCGCCGGCACCAGAUUCCGCGCCGACGCCAGAUGCCACACCGGCGCCGGUGUCUGCCACACCCGAUGCACGUGCAGAAACACCUGCACCUGAGGGUUCGUCUGUGGCCACAGCGCCAAGCACGACCCCUGAAGUAGUGGAAGCAGUGCCUGA